GUAAGUAACGGCAUACGAAGCGGACCGACAUGCGCGUCUCAGACACCUCGUCCUCCCCCAAAAUCUCUCCUCCUCAGGCGACAAACGACCCGAGGGAAAGAAGCUAAAUCUGGCAUUUGGAUCGCUGAGGAGGAAGAGACUGAUUAAAAGGCCGGGUUGCGUCGGUGGAGAUCCCUGCGAAUCGAUUCCGUCUUCGGUUCUUCCCCUUCGGUGGGAAUCGAUCCCCACGGGUCAUUCGUCCUCUUUUGAUCUCCCUCCUCCUCCUCCUCCUCCUCCUCCUCCUCUGAUAGAAAUCAGCAUGUUGAUCGACUAAAAUAUGCGUUUGAUUUUCGGGUAAUGUCUUAGUUUUGGGCGAAUUUGGAAGGUUUAAUAUAGUGGGUUUUAAGGCUGUUCUAGAAGUUUUCCUUUGGUUCCUUUAUCGGCUUGUAGAAUUUAAGCCGAUUUAGAUUUUGUUUUUUCUCUCUUCUAUUUCUUAAAAGGAAGUAUGGCAGACAGUAGUUGAGCGGUAGUUUUUGAAGGAAAGAGUUCGCCUUUCGUCCUUUUUUUUUUUUUUUUUUUUUUUUUUUUUGGUGACCUAGAAGCACAAGCGGGGGUUUUCCUGUCAGUGUGAGAGAAUGUCGUCCUCCGGAGUUCUUUCUCUCAUCCCCAACCGGGAGGAUUCACCGAUGUUCCCCGUACGGUUUGACGGUAGCCGGUCCCCGCAUUGUUUGCCGGAGUCCAUCCUUAUCUAUCUUGCGGUCGCUGGGUCAUCUGUGAUUCCACUACGAGUAUUGGAGUCUGAAUCCAUUGCCUCUGUGAAGCUUCGGAUCCAGAGUUAUAGAGGGUUUGCUGUGAAGAAGCAAAAGCUGGUAUUUGAUGGCCGGGAGCUGGCUCGGAAUAAUAACCUAGUCCGAGACUAUGGGGUCGGCGAUGGACAUGUUCUGCACCUCAUAAUUAGGCUCUCCGAUCUGCGAUGCAUCACUGUAAGAACCAUCUCUAGGAAAACAUACAAUUUCCAAGUUGAACGGAGCCGCAACAUUGGGUAUAUCAAACUGCAGCUCGCAAAGAGGGGUAAUCAUCUCAGCGAUAUCAUCAACCACAAGCUCAUAUAUGACGGUGAGGAGCUAGAUGAUUCUCAGUUGAUUGAUGAUAUUGAUAAGAAUAAUGAUGCUGUGAUCCACUUGUUGAUCCGCGGAUGCGCGCAAGUUAGUACAGAAACCGUGGAAAAGGAUUUUGAACUGUCAAUUUACUCUGCUGAUGUGACUGAAAAGGAAGAAGUUGAUGAUCUUCAAAUUGUUGCUAGGAACCUGCUGUAUGAGGGUCUUCUGAUUAAGCCACUUUACGAUUUGAAAGUUGAAUUGUCUCCUGUGAUUACAGACUUGAUCAGGUCUGCUGCCUUAGGAUUGGAGAAGGGUAAUCUACCAAUCAUGUCAUCGGAAGGUUCUGGGGGAGCAUACUUUAUGCAAGAUGCUUGUGGACACAAGUAUGUAGCGCUGUUUAAGCCGAUUGAUGAGGAGCCAAUGGCAGAAAAUAAUCCGCGAGGGUUACCUUUGUCAACUGAUGGUGAAGGGCUGAAGAAAGGGACACGAGUUGGGAAAGGAGCAAUAAGGGAGGUUGCAGCAUACAUCCUUGAUCAUCCUGUCAGUGGGCCUCGAUUAUCUGAUGAAGUUGGAUUUGCUGGUGUUCCUCCAACAACCAUGGUGCGGUGUUUCGAUCAUGGUUUUCAUCAUACGGAGGGGUAUCACUAUGUACCCAACAACUUCAAGAUUGGAUCCUUACAAGCAUUUGUGGAAAACUAUGGAAGCUGUGAGGAUAUGGGACCUCAAGCAUUUCCAGUCCAGGAGGUUCAUAAGAUAUGUGUUCUGGAUAUUCGGUUGGCGAAUGCAGAUCGCCAUGCUGGAAAUAUAUUGAUAUGCAAGGAUGAAGAUGAGGGGCGGAUGAUGCUGGUUCCCAUUGAUCAUGGAUAUUGCUUGCCUGAGAAUUUUGAAGAUUGCACCUUUGAGUGGCUCUACUGGCCCCAAGCUCACCGACAAUUCAAUGAAGCGACCAUCGAUUACAUAAAAUCACUAGAUGCUGAAGCAGAUAUUGAGCUCCUCAAAAAUUACGGGCUGGAACUCGCAUCAGACUCUGAAUGCACUCGCACUCUCCGCAUCUCAACCAUGCUCUUGAAGAAGGGGGUGGAAAGAGGGCUCACUCCCUAUGAAAUUGGAAGCAUUAUGUGUAGGGAAACAGUGUUGAAGGAAUCAAAACUUGAGGAGAUGAUCCGUGAAGCAAAGGAUGCUGUUCUUCCAGGCACUAGUGAAGCCGCGUUCCUGGAGACUCUUUCUGAGAUCAUGGAUCAUUAUCUCGUCAAGUUUGAUUUGUAGAUUGACCGGUUGGUGUUUCGUUUUUAUUUGCAAUUAGAUGCAUGUCUGUGAGCCUAAUAUAUAGUUGGAACUAUUAAAGGUGGUUGUAUGUAUAAAGGCCACCUAAUUUAAAUGUGGUAGUACUCGUGUGUUCGGGGGUAUGGCUUCAGUUUUAGCACUUGCCAAACUCACUGACUCCGAGAUUUGAUUACGUCAUUCUAAUAUAUCUGAUGCACAUCAAUAACACUAGAUUGUUCUCUUAUUCAUGAAGAGAAGGGCUUAUUGUUCUCUUAUUCAUGAAGAGAAGGGCUUAUUUUAAAA